AUGUUAAUAAUUACAUAUUCAACUCAUAGUUAUCCACUAACUGUUUCUUCGAAUCUUGCUAAUUUAACCCCUAGUCAAAUUGAUCAUCUUUGUUCAUACAUCUCACAAUUAACACCACAAGAACAACAUACAAGUGAAUCUAAGACCAUAAAAUCUGAUUCAAUGGAUAAACGUUUUGUUGUGCCAUUUCCUGAUAUGAGCAGAUUUUUAUCUACAAGUCAUAAACUUCAUCACCAUGAACCAACGAUUAAAAGCGGAAUAGAAACAAGUAGUGCACAAAAACAUGACUUUCAUGCUUAUUUAUGCAGUAUUACACAAAAUCCUGAACAAGUGUCGAAUUUUUUAAGUAUUUUUAUUGAAGAACAUGGAGAACCACCGGCUUUCAAUAUAUUUGAAUCAUGUGAAGAAGUUUCGAAACGUGAUCUUUCAGAAUCGAAAACUAAUCAUUUAUCAUCAGCUAUUCGACUCAAUGAAAUAUCAGAAUUUUGUUCUAAUCGUCCACAAUUACGAUUUACUAAACGAUGGAAACAUUCAGUUGAAGGACCAAUAUCAAUUGAUUUUAUUCAUCAAAUGCUUGAAUCUCGUAAAGUUAAAUCAUAUCCAUAUCCAGCUGAAAUGGAUCCUUAUCUUGUGUAA